GGUCUAUAUGGUCAUUAAGCGGACGUAUACCAGAAUACAGCCACUGGAACGGGCAUAAGGGCGACUUUAUCAAAUUCUAACUUUUAAUAUUGGUAUCGACUUAAUCUUUCAAUAAAAAAUCCUCAUGUUGUGUAUUUGAUCGUUAUGUUUACUUGCUGAUAAUUCCUUACAGGAAAGCAACAGACUGUGGACAUUUUUACGACCCGAUACUUGAUAUAUCGUAAAAAUAGUGUACAAUUACCUCCCCUUUUGGACUUAAUACAUAUUAGGGUUUGCGGACUGGGUAUGCCAAUGUGGGCACUGUGGUAGCUUAAAUACAUUUUAGCAAAAUGACAAAAUUUCAAUUUUUAGCAGGAGUCAAUAUAUGAUUUCACAAACCUGAAAAAAAAAUAUUGUAUUAACUCCUCGGUGAUGUCAUUAGGUAUUUCCAGUAAGUAAUUGAUGUCAUGUGAUCUCAUUAGAACCAAUGAGUGAUAGUGUUACAUAUAAUAAAGAACGAUAAUGCCUCGUUUAAGAAAUACAUUAUGACGUCAUAAAACAUGUUCACCAGCGACGUCAUAAUACAUAUCGUAUCUAUGCGCAGACUGUCGCAACGUUACUUCGCACAUCUGGUUAACAUACAUUUAAAGUUUGCAAGAAAAUGGGAUGUAACAACUCAAAGGGGGACGAAAAUAUACAGGAAAGUUCAAAUUCGUUCUGCUGGAGGAAACGAAAUAAGGUCGCGCCCGCCAAGGAUCCUAUUGAAGAGAAGGCCGGGCCAUCACUGGAUGCUGAUAACACAGUACGUAAAACAAAACAGACGGUUUUGAUGCAGCUGAAGGCGGAGGGAAUUGCCCCCAGGAAAGGUGACGGGGGCGUGGCUUUUAUUGUCGAAAUCGGAGGCGCCAAGUCCGAAUCCUCAACCUGCCCAGUUCUCCCUGGCGUUCCAGAAAGCACACACACCCAGUUCGCCAAAUACACCCAGGAGGCGUGCCAAUCCGUAAAUUUCCACCCUCCACGACGGCUCCCUCCAAUUAAUAAAUCAGCUAUGGACGCAAAGCAAGAGCGGGCCAGAAAAAAUAGGGAGCGGAAAGUAGCAGAAAGGAAAUCCAAGUGGGCAAAAAGUUAUGCCCGAGUGCAAGCCACCAUGCAGAAGUCGCCAAAUUGAUUUUAUGAAAUAGCUCGAAUUUCGACUUGUUAUUUUGUUGAUAAUAAAGCUCUUUUUUCAAAGAA